GUGAGGGGAAGGGGUAUGUUGUUGGUUGAAGAUGCUUUGUAACUUAAAAGAACUUGGCUACAAUAUGUUGGUUCAGUUUCAUCAAAGCAAUGAUUCUGUUUUUGAUUUAGUCUCUAUAACUAGUUAACGUUAGACAUAUAAACCUUUAUUUGGUUGCUGUUAUUGUCGUUAUUAUCAUUGACUGGCAGCCCGUCCUUGUGAGCAAAAUGGGUGAUGCAAAGAAAAAUGGUUUUCCUGGAAGUUGUCCCGAGUUUGGUGCAAUUUUAAUGUCAAACCACGCUACAAGAGAGGAAUGCUUAAGAAGGAAAGUUUUUGCCCUCCCAUCUUCGCAGUCACACUUUGUGAAACAGGUUAAAUAUGGGAUGAUUUCUAUUCCUGUUUGAAUUUGAGAGGAGAGAACUACAUGGUGUUUUUCAAGCAUGCUCUGAUGGUGCAAUGAAUAUUCUGCCUGGUGGAUUCAGUUUUUCGGGGAAGCAAUUCCCUGCACAGGUCAAAUUCACCCUUAUGUGGUACUGCCAUCCUCUUUCUGAAAAUGAAUUUCAUGAUGCUAUCAGAGAAAACUAUUUUUCCAAAACUAAGUUUAACUUUGGACUCUCUGAAGAUCAGGUUCGAAGGCUUCUAUCAUUGUUCAGUUUGAAGAGGAUGGAAAAUAAGGCACCUCCAUGGUGGUUGAUCGAAAGUAAAGUUGCAAGGAAAAGUGGGUACUCUACAAGUGAAAAUAAAAGACUAGAUAAGUCUACAUUGAGAAACCAUGGAAAAUUAGUUGAUAAUAGAAGCCAAGUACCAAGUGAAUAUGGUGUGGACAACCAUCAUGAACCAGAUAUUUCCACUAUUCACCGAGGGGACUCUUUCUAUAAUGAUGACAGAUCAACUGAUGAUGGCAGAUUUGGAACAUGCACAGGGUAUAAGCAUAAAGCUAGUGCCUUCUUAAAUGAGUGUUUUCAGGAUCUUAUGUGUAAUGAACAUACCACAAGUGACAGGGUGGACACUGAAUGGAAAACUGGAAUUGACCUUCAACAAGAAGUUUCAAUUGGGUAUUCUUCAGGUAAUUUCAGAAGCAUUUCCAAUGAUGUUAGGUUUGCAGAGAGUGAUAGAAUUGAAAUAAAAUGUUACAAGGGUGAUGGUUUUGCACCAACCAUCUCAACAGCACAUCCUAGUUCUUUUCAAUCUAAAGUUAAUCCACUGGUGUAUUCUAGCAAACAUGUUCUAGAAACAGAUUCAUUUGUGAAUGAUCCAACUAGGCCGUCUCCAAUGUUCCUUUCCUCAAUGGAGAUGCAAAAUUCCAAUGUUAGUUAUCCGAUUAAUUUUGAAUAUCAAAAUGUUGCAAAUAGUAUUCCUUAUGAUCCCAAUGUCCCUACUACGAAUUAUAGGGGCUCCUCAUCUUUGGGGUUUAAUCAGGGCUGUGCUUCAUUCCAAGAUGCUAGCUGUGAUAGUUUUGUUGGUCAUGCCAUUGGUACUUCCAAAAAUCAAUCAUUUCCUCCAUUGUUAGAGACUAUAAGGACUCCCAUAACCUCUGAUGUCAACUCUGGUUCUAGGGACUUUGUUACAUUGCCUUAUUCUAAUUCAUAUGAACACUCCAGCAGGACUAUCCUGCAAAGGGCUGACUAUUUAGAUGACCUAGCAGCUGAAUACUCUAAAAUAGAAAGCUGUGGAGAUCGUUCCCUUCCAAAUCCCUCUUUAUCACCUGUUCCUCCUGAAAUUAGAAACAAUGGCAGGAUCGGUGAGCAUUCAUCACCUUAUAGAGCCAGAUCUAGCAAGUUCCCUUCUCUUACAUUUUCUGACAGGCAUCCUAUGUUAUUACAAGAUAGGCAUGAUUUUCAAGUGUGCAAGCGUGACAGGUAUCAGACAUUAUUACAAGACAGACAUGAUUUUCAACUGCAAGAGAGUGACAGGUAUCCUACAUUGAUACAAGACAGACAUGAUCUUCAAGUGCAAGAGAGUGACAGGUAUCUUACAUCAUUACAAGACAGACACGAUUUUCAACGGCAAGAGAGUGACAGGUAUCCUACAUUAUUACAAGACAGACAUGAUUUUCAAGUGCAAGAGAGUGAAAAUGAUGCACAAUUUGGUUAUGAUGGUUUUAUGUUUAAAGAGUGCCAGCCCCAUGGUGGAUCUUUUGUUGAUAACAGCACAAUCAAGGAUGGCAGAUUGGCUAUAUUCAGUAAGGCGGAAUAUGAGUACGAAGAGGGCCAGCAGCAGCUGCAUGUUCAUGAACCGAUAAAUGUUGACUACCAUGAAGUUACUUCAUUGGGAACUGCUCCGUAUCAGAAUGCUGAUUGUAGGAAGAAAAGGAGUAGUGUGUUUUCUCGCUUGGCUUUGCCUCCUAAGAUACGUAAAAAAGAAAGUGACACCUGUCCUAUCACUGCUGACAAUGAUAAGCAUACUUCAAUUGAUGAAGUCAUGGGCAUUCUGCACCAAAGGCGUAAGCAUUGGGCGAAGACAAGUGGUAAACCGUUAGUCAAGCACAAUGCUGCUGCCGCUGCCAACCUUAGAGAUAAAAAACAGACCACCAGGAACGAUGAUCAUCCUAUGAUCUCAAAGGAGAUGAAUCUGAAGUCUACCUCAUUCAGCAAGGAGAAUAGCUGCAAAAAAACUGGAGAGAAUACUUUUGUCGAUUUCAAACGUCGUAGUGCAGUGAGAAAGAACCUUGGAGAUGGUAAGACUGGGAACCAUUGUGAAACUCAGAAUGAAAGGAUUGCAACAGCUGCACAAUGCAAAAGGAGAAAAUUGAUCAGGCCAGACUUUUGUGAGAACGAGUCAUCUGACAGGGGCAUAUCAGGUGAUGCUCCUCAACUUUCAAUAUUACCUUCAACAGAAUGUUCUGUUAAAAAAAAUGCUGAAAUUAUUAGGGUUUCUGUUGUCCAUGUUAAUGAAAAGGAUAUAUCGCAAAAUGUUAAAUUGCCAAAUGCAAUGUGCCAGACUGCUGUUGAAGGCAACAACAGUGACAAGGGAAGUGGCUCAAAUUCAGAUCAAUUUAGUGUGAAGAAGUCUCUUGAUUCAGGAAGUGCAGAUGGUGGAAAAGAAUCAUCAAAACGUAACUGCAUCUCAUGUAUGACUUCUAUUUCUUGUAGGAACAUGUAUGUUGAAGUUGAGCAAGAUAUGACCCCUAAAGAUACAGGAAUGGAUGGAUUGUCUCAAUAUCGAAAUGAUGUGAGCCACCAUUCCACCUAUGACCCGUCUCCAAAAAUCUGUGAAGACCAUGAUGAUGAUGGAGUUGCAAAGAGCGAGUUCAUUCACAGUAUCGAACAGAUGAAUGAAUUGACUCCUGGAUUGUCUCAAGAAGAUCAAGAUGAUAUGAGCCACCAUUCUGCUCAUGAGUCAUCUCAAACAAUCUGCAAAAACAAUGAUGGUGAUGGAGCUGCGAAGAGCGAGUUCGUUCACGAUGUUGAACAGAUGAAUGACUUGACUCCUGGAUUGUCUCAAGACCGAGAUGAUGUGAGCCACCAUACUACUCACGAGUCAUCUAAAAGAAUCUGCAAAGACGGAGUUGCAAAGAGGGAAUUUGUUUACUGUAUAGAACAGAUGAAUGACUUGACUCCUGGAUUGUCUCAAGAUCAAGAUGAUGUGAGCCGCCAUUCUAUUCACGAGUCAUCUCAAAAAACCUGCAAAGACAAUGAUGGUGGAGUUGCAAAGAGCGAAUUUGUUUAUGGUAUUGAACAGAUGAAUGACUUGACUCCCGGAUUGUUUCAAGAUCGAGAUGAUGGGAGCCACCAUUCUACUCCCGAGUCAUCUCAGAAAACCUGCAAAGACAAUGAUGGGGGAGUUGCAAAGAGAGAAUUUUUUUGCGGUAUUGGACAGGUGAUAGACUUGACUCCUGGAUUGUCUCAAGAUCGAGAUGAUAUGAGCCACCAUCCUACUCACGAGACAUCUCAAAAAAUCUGCAAAGAUGACGAUGGUGGAGUUGCAAAGAGCGAAUUUGUCGACGGUCUUGAACAGAUGAAUGACUUGACUCCUGGAUUGUCUCUAGAUGAGUCAUCUUCAAAAAUCUGUGAAGACAAAGAUGGUGAUGGAGCUGCAAAUAGCGAGUUCAUUUACAAUAAUAAUUAAAUGAAUGAUUUGACUCAUGUUGGUGUUGAGAUAUCCAUCAGCACUCUGAAUUAAGGGAUCUGAACGCCAAAUGACAAAGGCGGCCCUGGAGGUCUUGCAUUAGUGUACAUAUAUAUAUUUUGUUGCAGAAACGGGAUUCUCCUGAAAUCAAGCAAAGGCCAUAUUUUGAACUUUUGGUAAGAGAAUGUGUCGACUUUCGGAAGCCACCAACUGCUUCAUAUGCACGAGUAAUGACAAUAAAAUGCAUGUUGAAAUGUUAUUGUGGAAGUACUUUCUACAAUCAGUGAAGGUUUAAGCUGUGGAAUUAGUUGCAAUCAAUGCUUUUCGGAGAAGCUGUAACGUGAUCAUCAGGUAAUGAAAGAUCGUCUCGUGCAAACCAAACUCAUAAGUCACAUCAUGAGAACCGAUGUACAGCUCAUAUGACAUGGCUUAGGAGGGUUUUCUCCUUUUGUUUAAACACAACGAUGUUAUUUUUUUUAAACACAACUAUGGCUUAGGAAAGUUUUAUCCUUUUGUUUAGUGGAGGUAAUUUGUUUUAUUGUACACUUUUUUCUGUUGGUUGUAAAAAAGAACUGUGGU